AUGGCCGAUUCACCCCGUGGCAUGGACCACACCGACUCGAUGGACUCCAACGACGGAGGUCCGAAGCAGCCGGAGAAGAAGAAGAGCCGCCGACCUGCGAAUACCGCGUUCCGACAACAGCGCUUGAAGGCGUGGCAACCCAUCCUGACGCCCAAGACCGUUCUGCCCUUGUUCUUCAUCAUCGGCAUCAUCUUCGCGCCCAUCGGUGGCCUUCUCCUCUAUGCCAGCGCCCAGGUUAAAGAGAUUCGUCUCGAAUACACCGACUGCAAAGCCGACGCCCCAACCCUUAGGUCAGGCGAUGGCUUCGGCGACAUGCCUGACGGUACCGUCUCGACCGCAUUCAAGAACAACACCGGGGGCGUCAACGCCCAGUGGGGUCGCGAGGUCGGCGUCAAUGUCACCGAUAAAAUGAGCGGAACCGUCAUCAAAACCACCCGCUGCCACCUACGCUUCACCAUCCCUGAGAACAUGGGAUCGCCCGUUCUCUUCUACUACCACCUCACAAACUUCUACCAGAACCACAGACGUUAUGUUGAGUCGUUUGACAACUCGCAGCUAAAGGGUAACAAGCGUUCUUACGACCAGAUUAAGGGUUCUGACUGUAGUCCGCUGGAGGGGGAUAAGAACCUGAAGAAGCCCUACUACCCUUGCGGUCUCAUCGCCAACUCGAUGUUCAACGAUACAUUCUCCAAUCCUGUGCUUCUAAACCCCCCGAACGGAAAGGGCAACGAGACUCAGACCUACUUCAUGACGGACUCUGAUGAGAUAUCUUGGGGCAGCGAUAGGGAUCUGUACGGCAAGACUGAAUCCACCUUCGAAGAAGUAAUCCCCCCGCCUAACUGGGCUGAGCGCUACCCCGACGGAUACACUAAGAACGCUCCGCCACCAAACCUGAAGGAGUGGCCGGCCUUCCAGGUCUGGAUGCGAACCGCAGGUCUGCCAGUCUUCAGCAAGCUGUACCAGCGCAACAACUCUGCCUCGAUGACGGCUGGUCGCUACGAGGUCAUCAUUGAUGAUUAUUUCCCUACGACUCUUUACAAGGGCACCAAGUCCAUCAUCAUCACUACGCGUACCGUCAUGGGCGGUCGCAACCCCUUCCUCGGCAUCGCCUAUGUCGUCGUUGGUGGUGUCUGCAUUCUGCUCGGCACCAUUUUCACUGUCACCCACCUGGUCCGCCCAAGGAAGCUUGGUGACCACACGUACCUCUCGUGGAACAACGCCCCAGGCGCCAAGUCUGGCCCUAGCACAGCUACGGCUUCUGGUCGUGAACUUCGCCCUGGCGAGGCUUAG